AUGAAGAACCAAAGAGUAACCUACUCAGGACUGCAUCUGGCCAAGGACCCAAAGAAGCAGGAAAGAAAAUCUAAGGGCAGAAAAAGCUCCAUUUCUGUGAUUGAAAAGGAAAUAACCCAAGUGGAAUUAAACCUUGAAAAUGCUACUCUGGAUCUUCAAGAGAAUGACAAUAGCUGCUACUGCAAAUUUUCAUUGCUACCUACAGAGAAGCUCACUGCUGAGGUCCUGGCCGUCAUUUGCAUUGUCCUAGUGGGCUCUGUGUUAAAAAUGGUAUUAAUAGCUCUUAUUCCCUUUACCAUAAUGGAGAAGCAGAACAAUUCUUUCCAGAAUGUAAAAAUCCAGAAAGCAUAUGAUUGUGGCCGUUGUCCAGAAGGGUGGUUCACAUAUUCUACCAAUUGUUAUUACAUUGGCAAGGAAUUCAAAACUUGGUAUGAGAGUGCAAUGGCCUGUGCUUCUAACAACUCUAAUCUGCUUUACAUAGAUAAUGAAGAAGAAAUGAUAUUUCUGGGCUCCCUGCUACGUCAGUCAUGGAUUGGAGUCUUUCGUGACAGCAGUGAUCAUCCAUGGAUGUCAAUAAAUGGCUCAACUUUCAAACUUCAAAUAGCAGAAACAGCAUAUGGUAAAGGUAACUGUGGUAUUCUACACUCAGAUAGACUUCAAUCAGAUGGAUGUGGAACUUUAAAAAGAUAUAAUUGUAAGCACAAGUUUUAGAGGUAAAGCAUUGAGUUUGGAGUUGGCCAUGUAAUUUUAUAUGUUGUGAAAUGGAAAUAAUAUUAUGAUUGUAUAAGUCAAAAGGAAUUGGUUUUGUUU